CUUAACGUCUGGCGUGAUUCGUUAUCUUUGUUUACUCUUUUUCUAGGUAUUUCAGCCUACCUUCGAUUCCAUCAGAAACGAAAAUUGAAAUAAUCUAUUUUGUUUUCACUGUAUUUGGAAUAGUAUUCUAGAUGUGAACGGAAUAUAGUUUCAGGUAUUGCAAGGAGAACAAAAGCAGUUAGAACAGACGACACAGGAGCGGAAACCACGCUAUCACUGAAAACACCAAGACCAUACAAACACAGACAUCGCCUACAAAAUUUGUCCCAGUUAAUAUUCUUCGCAAAUGGGAAAUCUAUUUUCUGAAGAGAAGAGGCCUACUCAUGUUAUACAUCCCAAACAAUAUCAGUUUUGUCUAAGAGAUGGCUGCCCGUUUCGCUGGUAUGACUACCAUUACCAUUGCAACCAUCCCAUGCAUCCGACCUGUGAAUACACGUCAAAGAUAGAAUCAAACACAAACAGGCACGAGAAGCUUCACGAAAAUAACAUCGACCUGAUUGCAAAUGGAUUCAAGAGAUUUUUGAAGCAUGAAACAUGCUUGGUUUCUGGCUGUCUGGAAUCCAAAAGAUCUAAUCACACCCAUUGUCUUAGGCCAGGCUGUGGAACUGUAAUUCGCUACAACAGAGAUUUGACGCGCCACAAAAACGCACAUGAGCAGCUUUUUCUCAAAUUGGCCGCCCAGAAUAUUGCUUCCACAUCAAACCCACCUGGAAAGGGCACGCCAACACCAAACACAUCGACCCAGCGGAGUCCGGACAAGUCGGCUGCAGGUUCCGGGGAUUCCUCACUAAUUCACAUAGCUGAGGGCUAUUCGUCAACGUCAUCGCACACGCAGAAGAGAAAACACCAAUGGGGCGAACCACCAUUACACAGCAGUCCAAAGAAGCCAUGUUAGUGAUCAAAGACUCAAAAUUUACAGGAAGCAAAAUACACAAUAUGCUUUCUGAGAAUUGUACAACUAUUCAAAUUAACAAAUUAGUAUGUUAAUAUUUCUAGGCAAGCUGAAAUUAGAUAUUAACAGUAUUGUAUUUUAAUAUUAAAAAUAGUGUGCAGAUAUUAGGGUUAAUGUAUUUGAUCUCUAUGGACAUAAUUAUUAUUAUUACGUAAUAAAAAUAUAUCUGUAUUCUUAGUGGUCAAAAACCAGUCACAUGACCAUCCGUAAAUAGUGAUAUUGCCCUGAGACGGUCCCACCGGUCCGACCAAAAGUGAUAUUGCCCUGGGAGAUUUAACCAAUGAAAAUAAACAUGAGACAAAAUUCUAUCCAAUUAAUGAGUAGGUAACGUAACGCAACGUCAAAUGCUAAUUCUAAUCUAAACAAUCAAAAACUUGUGACAAAAAGCUUUGCUGUCCUUCAAUAUAAAGAUAACAUCUUUAUUUACAGGGUUUCUGCCAGAGGGUAAAAUGGGUAUGGAGCCAUACCCAAAAAUGUUUGCAAAUGUUUUUUUGUUUUUUUUUAAGUUACUGUAUGAUUUUCUUAACCCUAACCCAUAACGUAACCCAUUUUCUUUCUGGGGGAAGCCCUCCAUACCUCCUGGUGACUGUGGCUGCAUUCAAUUCCAUAACGCCAUACUCAAACAUUUCUUUCUUUCACAAAUACUGAUUUAUACGGAGUUUAAUUCCGCAAAUACGACAAAGACAAAGUCAGUAAUUGUCAAAUUGUGUAAGGAAUAUCUCGCAGAUUUAGAAACGUACAAAAUAUCAAAAUAUAGUUGAAAUCGGCACUAUCAGGCUUUUAUGUUACAAAUAAAAAAUGCAUUUGGAGGUAAUCGGUAACUGUUUAGUAUAAAUGUAUGUUCAGAUUUAUCACAUUUUGUGUUUUAUUUUGCUUUUAAUAUGAUUCAGACACUUGCUGGUUAUAAUGUCUCGAAUUUGACUUUUGUCUUGGUAAUGUUUCAACUGUUUAUUUCCGCAUUCCUUUGCUUGUCUUACAAAGGCAUAGAAUUACGUGACGUCACUUAAUCCCCAUCAGUUUUAACGCACUGUAGGAAAUUAUAAGCAUUAGCGUUUUUCGAUUCUGAUAAACAAAGCAGGAAUGUACGAGUCUUAUGGAUAACAUUAUAUAAUAAAACAACUAUUGACCACAUUUUGGGGUGAAAAAUUGAUAUUGACCUUGGCCAAGUCCGUUCAUGGUAGUUCAUAUUAUAACUAAUUGGUUAGAAGAAGCGACCCCCUUUAUAUAAAUGGCAUAAAAUAAAUAUGCAUACUAAUAAUAAAUAUUGUUCAUUGUAGUAGUUGAAAUGUA